AUGGAAUCUGCCCUUGAUCUUAAGCCAAUAUAUGGCUCCAAGGUUUUCAGGGAAGCUGUGAUCAGGAUGCGCUUGAACAAGAAAAUCUACCAGAGUUAUCUAAAGACAAUUGAAACUGGUAGCUCUUUAGACGUUUCAAUAGCUCCUGAUGUUGCAAAGGCCAUGAUGGAAUGGGCAAUUGAAAACGGUGCUACACACUAUGCACACUGGUUUUUACCAAUGACAGAUGUUACUGCUUGCAAGCAUGAUUCAUUCUUUACUCCAACAUCAAUUGGUGAAUCAACACUUGAAUUUCCUCCAAGCACAUUAGUUAAAGGUGAACCUGAUGCUUCUUCUUUUCCAUCAGGUGGUCUUAGAGCCACAUUUGAAGCAAGAGGCUAUACAACAUGGGAUCCAACAUCACCAGCCUUUGUCAAAGAUGGUACUCUCUUCAUUCCUUCUGUAUUUGUUUCAUAUAAUGGCGAAGCUCUCGAUAGAAAACUUCCAUUAUUAAGAUCUGUCGAAGCUCUCAACAGAGAAGGCCUCAGAUUCAUCAAAUUCUUCAAAGGCCAAGAAGAUGUAAAGAGAAUUACUGCAUCAGUAGGCGCAGAACAAGAAUAUUUCCUAAUUGAUAGGAAACAUUACGAAGAAAGACUUGAUCUUAAGAUGUGUGGUCGCACACUUCUUGGUGCAAAACCACCAAAAGCUCAACAGCUUGAUGAUCAUUACAUGUCUGGAAUCAAAAUCCGAGUUUCAGAUUAUAUGAAGGAACUUGACCAUGAAUUAUGGGAACUUGGUAUUCCAGCGAAGACAAAACAUAAUGAAGUUGCACCAUCACAGCAUGAACUUGCUCCUGUAUACGAGAAUGUCAAUAUUGCAGCCGACCACAACCAAAUGACAAUGGAACUCAUGAGAACAAUUGCUAAGAAGAAAGGAUUGGCUUUACUUCUCCAUGAAAAACCUUUCGCUUACGUAAAUGGAAGUGGAAAACAUAAUAAUUACAGUUUAGGAACAGAUACAGGCGUAAACUUACUUCAACCACGCGACAGAUCUGAAGAUGAUGGUUUAUUCCUUCUUGUCCUCUGUGCAUUCCUUCUCGCUGUUGACAAUUACGGAGAUUUAAUCAGAAUGGCCGCUGCUUCUCAUUCGAAUGACCAAAGACUUGGCGUUUCGAGGCUCCCCCUUCAAUUGUUUCCUGUUUCCUUGGCGAAGGAAUCACAGCCCAACUUUUAUCCGCAGCAAAUUCAGAUCCAGAGCAGCCUAAACGCGAAAAAGGCAAAAUGUCCAUUUUACCAUCAAUUCCAGACUUAUCAUUAG